AUGGGUAAAAAAUUUUUUAAAGAAUUAAAUCAAAAAGGUAUAAAUUUCACUGUUCGUCAUGAAUUCUUUGAUUAUGUUAACGGCAUAUCGUUGACAUUGCCUGGUGGACUUGAUAGCUUGAAAAAGGUUGCCGAUAUAUCAGUUAAUCUUAAUCUAACACCCGCGCCUGGUUAUGUUGAUGAUGAUGAACUUGAAAAACGUGAUUACAUUACCAAUGACACAAUCCAAUUUGCUCCUAAUAAUAAUAUAAAUGAGAUACAUAAAGUCACUGGUGUUGAUCGUGUACAAAAUGAGUUUUUGAGAAUUGAUUACAGGCAUCCAGCACUUGGCGGCUGUUUUGGAACAGGAUGUAGAGUGGCAUAUGGACAUAAUUUUGUUUUAGAUUUAACCAACCUUAAUGCUAGUGAUCCACUUGAUAUUUGUAAUGGUCAUGGUACACAUGUUGCUGGUUUGAUAGGUGCUAAUGACAGUCUAGUAACUGGAUUUAUGGGAGUUGCUCCUAAUGUCACUUUUGGUGUUUAUAGAGCCUUGAAUUGUGUGGGUUCAGGGAGUGCUGACAAUAUAAUGGCUGCAUUAGAAGCAGCUGCAACUGAUCAAAUGGACAUAAUAAAUUUAUCUUUAGGAGGUGAAGGAUGGGCAGAAACUUCAAUGUCUGUUUUGGCAGAUUCAAUUGCAAAUCGAGGAAUCAAUGUUAUAGCUGCCAAUGGUAAUGAAGGAAUUCGUGGUAUCUGGGAUUCUGGUAUACCUGCAAUUGGUUAUGGCACCAUUUCUGUUGCAUCAAUGGAUGCUAAAAAUUUUCUCGUUUACCGGGCAACUGAUAUUAAAGAUUCUUCAUUUAUAAUUGAUUAUAUUUCAAGUAGUGCUAGACCUUUUAAUAUUAAUCAAGGAGAAACAGUAAUCUUUGAUAGUUCAAACAAUUGUAAAGAUGUCCCUGCUCAAACUUUAGCAGGAAAAGUAGUAAUUCUAAAUAUUUAUGCUGCAAAAAUUAAUCAAUGUAUUAUAUCACAACUGUAUACAGAUCUACAAAUAGCUAAAGUUGUGGGUGCUCUUGUUAUUAAUAAUCUAACUACAGGACCUGCCUUAGCUAGUCCACGUCAAGAUGAUGUUAAAUAUCCAGUUGCAUAUAUUAUAUCAACUGAAGCUCAACUAUUGUUAGACAGAGCAGUGACUAAUAAACCAUUGACUUUAGAUUUUUCUGAUAAAAAAGGUUAUAUUAUAGAAAAUAGUUUUGGUUCAGUAAUUUCAUAUUUUAGUUCUUGGGGAUUAACUCCUACUCUAGAUAUUAAGGAAAUUGUUGCACCUGGUGGAGUAAUGUUUUCUACAUAUCCUUUACCUCUUGGUAGUUAUUCUUUAAAUUCAGGAACAAGCAUGGCAACACCAUAUAUAGCAGGAUGUGUUGCAUUAUAUUUAUCAGCAACUGGUAUAAAACAACCAACUUUAGAUGUGAGAAAUGCAUUCAUGAAUUAUGCUAGACCACUCAAAUUUCCAUCCGGAACUGUUGUCUCACCAGUUUUACAACAAGGCACAGGAUUAGUCAAUGUGUUUGAUACAAUAUUAGGUUUAAGUGAGUAUCAGGAAGUGUCAUUUAUAGUGAUACAUGAACCUUCUUACAGUUUAAAUGGUUAUAAUGGCACAACAAUAUUGGAGAGUAAAGAUUUGAUUUACAGUAAUGUGGUUGCUGAUAUUAUAAUUGAACCUAAUAUUUUCACAAUUACAAAUCAAACCAACCUCAAUAUCAAUCUAAAAAUUACGCCACCAACCAUUCAAGAUGCAGGUUUUUGGUUUUAUAAUGGUUUUAUUAAAUUUGUACCAAAUAUUACCAACUAUAGCAACAUCACGAUUCCAUAUGCUGGUUUAGCAAGUCCAGCAAAAGAUCUACCAAUAUUUCAAAGUCCUGAAUUUCCUCAGAUUCUAACUCCACAAGAUGCAACAUUAACACCAAACCAUACAUUUUCAAUGACAUUUGAAAAUCAUCCUGUAUUAAGGACAGUAUUUUCAACACCUAGUGCACUAUGUUAUGUAAUUAUAUUUAGUUCAAUAACAAACCAACCUUUAGGCAUAUUGACAAACAACGACAAUACUUUUAUUAUAAGUGGUGAAAAUAGAUUUGUUGCAAAAACAAGAAAAAUUCCAUUAUUUAGAAAUUGGGCAGGUGAUUAUAUAGAAGGAAGUUUUAGUGAUAAUGGAGAAUUUGUUCCAUCAACCACUGUUAGUAAUGGUAAACAAUUACCAAAUGGUGAUUAUUAUAUACAAUUUAGAGCUUUAAAAUUAUUCGGAGAUACUAAUGUUGGGGGUGAUUGGGAAAAAUCUGCUUUCCCGAAACAAGCACCUUGA